AUGGCUCAAAUAUUCUGGCUUUCACUCUUCCUGCUUGUCUCUUGGGUCAGAGCCGAGUCCAACCGCACCGAGGUGGACCUGAUUUUCCCAAGAAAUGAUACCUUUGCGCCAAUGCCUUUGAUGCCGGUUGUAUUCGCCGUUCAAGCCCCUUCCGUCGCCCAUAAAGUUAAUACAUACAUCGAGUACGGCUAUUACCCAGUAGGCCGUCCAAAUGAAACAGUUAUUGGCCAGACCGACCAUGUGUCCGACUCAACAAACGAAACCACUUAUUUCAGUGUCUCUGGUAUCGGCAGAACGUUCAAUACCACUGGCAGCUGGGAGCUGUUUUGGAGGCUGAGAUGGACCAAUUGUUCAAUCUCAGAAGACUCGAGAUACUACAACCAAUCCUACCCCUGGAUAUCCUCCCCAUACAUCGACGGUAGCCUCAACAUCGACAAGGUCUAUGAGGGCUUUCACUACACAGCAUACAAUGUCAUUGUCGACAGGGUUACCUUCAGCACUCGCGAAGAUGCUAGCCAACCCAACCUCACGACCCUCACCAAUAGCGAGAACUGCGAUAAAGUCUCGUCUCUUGCUCUAUUGUCGAUUGUGGACUCCCUAAGGAUUCCACCCCAGUUACCCCAAGAAGAUAUUGAUACCGUGUCAAUGUGCCCACAACUCGCCGAUGCCAGGCUAAAUUCAACUUCAACUUCAAGCCCCUGCAGCGUUAGCAUUAGUCCCGAGGUUGAGUCUAAUAUCCUGGCCAAGAUCGCAGACAAUGAAUGCAAUAACGCACUUCACCCCGCUGUGAGUUGCACCACUGAAGAAACCAAGGAAGGCAGCGCGAGCAGCCAUGACCACGGCCAUGCUGUAUGGCUUGUCAUUACGCUAGCUUUUGCCUUCCUUUUCUAA